UGAAGGUGACUUUUUAUUAACGUUAAAUUGGAUUUGGGAGAUAAUUGCUACAUAAACGAAACGUUGUCCGUAGGAUAUGUACAAUAAGGGGGUGCAGGUAUAGACCUUGCUUAGACUUCUCUAAUUGAAAUGAUGUUCUCUAUCAAACAUGUGCUGCGAUCUCAGUUACCCACUUCUGCACCAGCACUUUCUUUGGCAAGAUAUAGCUCUGCUGCUCCCCAGCAGGCUCCUAAGAAGACAAAGUUUGGACCUCUAAGUGAUGAUGAUCGAAUAUUCACAAAUCUCUAUGGGAGGCACGACUGGAGGUUGAAAGGUGCACAGAGUCGAGGUGACUGGUACAAGACUAAGGAAAUCCUAUUAAAUGGAGUGGAUUGGAUUUUGGGGGAAAUAAAAGCUUCUGGAUUGCGUGGUCGAGGAGGAGCUGGCUUCCCAACAGGACUCAAAUGGAGCUUUAUGAAUAAACCAUCUGAUGGGAGGCCCAAGUACUUGGUUGUGAAUGCAGAUGAGGGGGAACCUGGAACCUGCAAAGAUAGAGAAAUUAUGAGGCAUGACCCACAUAAAUUGGUGGAAGGAUGUCUGGUAGCAGGCCGCAGUAUGGGAGCCAGAGCAGCAUACAUCUAUAUUCGUGGAGAGUUCUACAAUGAAGCAUCCAACCUUCAGGUUGCCGUGCAGGAGGCAUACUCUGCAGGACUAAUUGGACACGAUGCCUGUGGUUCUGGAUAUGAUUUUGAUGUGUUUGUGUUAAGAGGUGCUGGCGCAUACAUCUGCGGUGAAGAAACUGCGCUGAUAGAAAGCAUUGAAGGAAAGCAAGGAAAGCCAAGACUCAAACCUCCUUUUCCUGCGGAUGUUGGCGUCUUUGGCUGUCCAACAACGGUUGCUAAUGUUGAAACUGUUGCGGUGGCCCCAACAAUCUGUCGGCGGGGAGGUUCCUGGUUUGCAGGAUUUGGGCGUGAGAGAAACUCUGGAACCAAACUGUUCAAUAUCUCAGGUCAUGUGAAUACUCCAUGUACUGUAGAAGAGGAAAUGUCAGUUCCACUGAAAGAGCUGAUUGAGAAGCAUGCAGGAGGAGUUAUAGGUGGUUGGGAUAAUCUUCUUGCGGUAAUCCCUGGAGGUUCCUCUACACCUCUUAUCCCACGCUCUGUAUGUGAGACUGUCCUCAUGGAUUUCGAUGCUCUCGUCCAGGCUCAAACAGGUCUUGGUACAGCAGCCGUCAUUGUCAUGAACAAAUCGACAGACAUUGUUCGUGCAAUAGCUCGCCUUAUAGAAUUUUACAAGCAUGAGAGCUGUGGUCAGUGCACUCCCUGCAGAGAAGGUGUUGAUUGGAUGAACAAAGUCAUAUGGCGGAUGUGCCAGGGAGAUGCUCGUGUGGCUGAGAUUGACAUGCUGUGGGAGAUCAGCAAACAGAUAGAGGGCCAUACCAUUUGUGCAUUAGGGGAUGGGGCUGCUUGGCCCGUACAGGGUUUGAUCCGGCAUUUUCGUCCAGAGUUGGAAGAGCGUAUGACACAGUUUGAAGCAUCAAAGAGACAGCAGUUAAAGAGUUGAGAGAGUAUAUUAGGGAUACUGUUCUGCCUAACGUGUUCUAUUUAUCCAAGCUAAUCUUUAUUCAGCAUUGUCAUGACAUUCUCAGUAUGAUAAUAAACUCAAACUUUAUGGUUUA